UGCAUAUUGUGAUGUGUUUUGGGAGCUGAGCCAAUGCCUCUGCUGAUAGGACCCCUAUGGGGAAAAGGGGUGUUUUCUCAGCUCUGCCUGGGACACUAAAUGGCUCUUUUUUCCCUUCUGAUCUAUGCAAAAGAGAGGAAGGGGUGGGGGGUGGGGGCAUUGUUGCAAAAAAAAACAAAAAAACCCCACGAUGGUGUGUGAGUUAGUUUUUGUGAGUUGCGGCAGCAUGCAGGACUCAUCCGCAGCCCUUGCUAUGGACGGUUACACCAGCAAUGUGCCAGCGUUUCUUACUAAGUUGUGGACUCUGGUUGAAGAUCCCGAAACCAAUCACCUUAUCUGCUGGAAUACGAAUGGCACCAGCUUCCAUGUUUUCGACCAGAGUCAGUUUGCCAAGGAAGUCCUGCCCAAAUAUUUCAAGCACAACAUGGCGAGUUUCGUCCGCCAGCUGAAUAUGUACGGGUUUAGGAAAGUGGUGAACAUCGAACAAGGCGGACUUGUGAAACCUGAACGUGAUGAUACGGAAUUCCAACAUCUUUAUUUCCUACAAGGCCAUGAACAUCUUUUGGAGCUGAUCAAAAGGAAGGUGUCUGUGGUGAAAAGUGAAGAAACCAAGAUGCGCCAAGAAGACCUCAGCAGGCUUUUGUACGAGAUCCAAGUCCUCAGGAACCAGCAGGAGAUGAUGGAAUGUCAAGUGCAGGAUGUGAAACAGCAGAACGAGGUUUUGUGGAAGGAAGUUCUAUGUCUCCGGCAAAACCAUUUGCAGCAUCAGAAAGUGAUCAAUAAGCUGAUUCAAUUUCUGUUUGGCCAGCUCCAGUCCAGUCCCAGCAGCCCUGGGAUAAAGAGAAAACGGCCUCUCAUGUUGGAUGAUGGGAACUCUGCCCCACAGGUGGCCAAAUUCAGAAGACCUCUGCCUUUGGAUCCCUUUCACGAACCUUGCUACAUUCAGUCUCCAUCCGCAGAGCCUGCCUCGUGUUUAAACAGCCCCGUUCCGAGAGGAGCCAUCAUUUCUGAUGUUUCGGAGGCCGCCCAGCCCAGUCCGGUGGCUUUACAGCUGCCUCCUGACAGUGAGAGGGAAACCAAUCUUCUGCUGAUCAAGGAAGAAGCCGCUGGUCCGGACAGGAAAGCUGCAUUCACUAGUCCUGCUGUUCCUUUGGUUGGGUACAACUCCUGUCCUGAGCCCCCUGUGCUGCCCAUUACUGUGGUCCAAUCGGUCUUAGAUGGGAGGACAAGGUGCGAUGAUCUGCAGCCAAUGUGUUUGCAGCCCCAGGAAAGACGAUCAUUUUUGGACAGAACAGUCAUUCCUGAUCUCUGGGACGGGGCUGAUCUGAAUUUCGAAGGCUUUCAGAUCUUGCUAAGAAACCCGCAGUACAGCCUGGAAACCAACAGAUCUUUGGAGGCCUUCAAUCCCAUGAUCCCAUCGAGUGAGUGGACUUUAAAUGACGUGGAGGCCGAUUUGCCUGGGGCUGCAGAUGCUCACUGUGGAACAACUGGAGAAGAACAUAAAUAAGAAGUCCUCCUGAGGACCAGAGCCUCAUUUUCAGUACCUCUUGCCCAGGAACUGAAUAUUUACAUCUGGAAAACACGGCUUUUGUCUGCUGGCUUUGUGUGGGAUUUCGGUGACCGACACACACACACAUUUCACAAGGAAAGAUUAUUUUUUCCGACAUAACUCUUGUGCUGCUAUUUUGACCAGUUCAGGACACUCGAAUGGAGAGCUCCAUGCGUUCAACUGGUUUUUUGGGGGAGGGGGGAGGCCAUGCAUUCAACUGGUUUGUUCUGCAUACUCUCGCAGUCUCCUCCCACCUGGUGCCCUCCAGAUAUUUUGGACUACAACUUCUUUCAUCCACAGCCGGUGUGGUGAUUAGCCAAGCCCUGUAUUGUGUAUUUAGCGUAUCUGUUUACUUUAGGCUGUUCAACAAACAUGACCUCAUGUAGGAAUCAGUAUCUGACCAAGUGAUCCUUUUACGGUUAUGUCCGCUCGGCUCAUGUUUUUGACACAUCUCGAAUUUCGGUUGACUCUUCGGAUUUUGGGAUUUUGGGCCAGUUGUCAAAUUCCUGGAAUUUCUUGAAUUAGCCUAAAGAUCAAGGCCUAAUUUGAGCUUUAGAUGCCAAAAUGCUUCGAGGCAGUGGUGAAAUCCAAUUUUUUUUAACUACCGG